AUGGCCGAUCACGACAAUAUGUAUGAUGACGAGGAACUGGUGUCAACAAAUCCAAACCAACGAAAUUGGCGAGGAAUAUUAAUUGCAUUGCUAGUAAUAAUAGCAGUCCUUGCAUUAAUAGUAACAUCAGUGGUAGUUUUAACGCCUCCUGAUGAAGGACCUCGUGUCCGCGGUGAACGAUUACGCCUAUCAGAAAUACUAUCUGGAGAGUUAUCUCCACUUCCGUUUAAUGGCACCUGGGUAAGUAAUCGUCAUAUCUGCUAUCGUGAUGCAUGGGGCGGUAUUUCAUUAUUAGAUGCAUCUAAUCCUAACGGAACAGCCCGCAGUCUCAUGCCAAAUGAAACUUUCCGUCGACUAAACCCGACAACAUUUUCCCUUUCGUCGGAUCAUCGAUAUAUUCUUCUAGCUCAGAAUGUUGAAAAACUCUUUAGAUUUACAUACCUUGCACAGUACCUUAUAUACGACAUCAAUACUCGAGACGUCAUUCAUCUAACGCCGAAUCCAGAGAAAUACAUCCACCCUUAUUUGUUACACGCACAAUGGACUCCUCGAGGCCACGGGUUGAUAAUGGUUCACAACUAUGAUAUUUAUUACAAAACAAGUCCUACGUCUAAUCUGGAAUAUCGAGUGACUAAUACUGCUCUACCUGGGAUUUUAUCUAAUGGAUUACCGGAUUGGCUUUAUGAAGAGGAAAUCCUCCGAAGCUCUCAUGCAAUUUGGAUGUCAAAAGACGGUCACAUGAUGUUAUACGCAUCUUUCAAUGACUCUUUAGUAGAAGAAAUGCACAUUUCAUGGUUCGGUGAAGAAAACAAAAAUCUCUACCCAGAAACUUGGUCGCUGAGGUACCCUCGACCCGGCACCCCGAAUCCCCAAGUAAAACUUCACGUCGCAGAUUUAGCUGAUCCGAAGAAUAUAAAUAUAAAAACAGUUAAACCACCCGCUAUUAUCGAGCACACCGAGCAUUAUUUUACAACUGCUUCUUGGAUUUCGUUAACCGAAGUUUCAAUAACUUGGUUGACUCGUGCUCAGAAUGUAUCAGUAAUAACAGUAUGCAAGAGCCCUUUGUGGCAUUGUCAAGAAAUCCAGCGAAUAAGCGAAAGUCACGGCUGGGUCGACGUGUCAUCACAUCCACCGCUGUUCUCAUUAAACAGCAGUAGUUAUAUAACAAUUGCUCCUGUUAGAGAUGGCCCGGCUGGAUUUUUUAAACACAUUGUCUGGGUCAAUGUUGUUAAGAAGCAAGUUGUUCCUUUAACGCACGGACGACGGGAAGUUGUUAAACUAUUAUCAUGGGACCACGAAAAUAAUACUAUAUACUUUUUGGGAAUACCAGCAGGGCGACCAGGACAACGUCACUUGUAUAAAGUUAGUUCAGUUCUUCCAGAAGUUGGAUCAUCUCUCUACCCAGCUUUCUGUAUAACAUGCCCUGUCUCGAUGAUCAGAGGAAACUAUAUGUAUGCCUUGGAUAAUGAAAAUCACAUUCAUUCGGGAAUGUUGAGUGUUUCGUCAGGUUGGUCUGAAGAAAAAGAGAGACAUCAGCAGUUUGAUGAAAAAGAAGAGGGGAAUAAAAAAAAUUCGAAUACUCAUGAAGUACCGGGUACUUAUAAAAGCACAAAUAAAUCUAAAAAAAGCAAUAUAAAAACUGAAGAAUCGUGCCAAUAUCACAAUGCAAUUUUUUCACCUGGAAAUGAAUACUUCGUCUUAGAAUGUUUAGGCCCUGGUGUUCCAACGUCAUCGCUCUAUAAAAUAGAAGCACCUGUACCACGGUUCAUUAGUCUUCUUCAGAAUAAUACACUGUUACGGGAAAGAAUAGCAAAAAUAGCUCUCCCACAAAUAAAAACAUUCCCGGUACAAAUAAGUGGUGGAUAUAACGCACAAGUCCGACUUUAUUUACCUCCAGGACUUAGAGAAGAAGAAAUAACUCGCUAUCCAAUGGUUGUUCAAGUAUACGGAGGACCUGGCUCUCAAUUGGUAACAGACAUGUUCAAAAUAGAUUGGAACACUUUUCUAGCGAGCAAAAAAAAUAUGAUCGUGGCACAAAUUGACGGCAGAGGAAGUGGCGGUCAAGGAUAUAAAAUGCUCUAUGAAGUUUAUUACAGACUCGGUACUGUUGAAAUUGCUGAUCAGUUGGAAGUAACAGAGUAUUUAAGAGAUUCAUUGCACUUUGUGGACAAACGCCGGGUUGCUGUUUGGGGGUGGAGCUAUGGCGGCUUUGUGUCCGCUCUUGCCUUAGCAGAACCUGAACAAAAUGUUUUUCAGUGUGGAAUUAGUGUGGCUCCUAUUGUAUCAUGGAAGCUUUACAAUUCAGCAUACGCUGAAAGAUACAUGGGUUCACCAAAUGUAACAUCAAACUACAAAGGCUACGCCGAGUCUGACGUUUACAAUAAAAUAGAAUAUUUAAGUAAAAAAAUGUUCUAUUUAAUCCAAGGCACAGCAGAUGAUAACGUGCAAUUCCAACAAUCAAUGACACUAUCACGUCACCUAGCUCAAAAGGGAAUAUUAUUUAGACAACAAGUGUAUCCAGAUGUUGGUCACAAUCUCAGUGGUGUCACCGGGCAUCUUUAUCUUUCAAUGGCACAAUUUCUCGAUGAUUGUUUUAUUAAGCAAGUACCUGUUGAUUCUAAAGCUGGAUUAGGAAGCGGUGGAGCUGAUAUUUAA